AGCCAUCCAUCCACCCCCCUCAUUCCUCCACCAAUGCCCCUCCAUCGCAUCAUCCCUCGUCUCCUCCAACCCACCACCACCACCACCACUAUUUCAACCCUCUCCCCCCCAGCCCUCCGCCUCGCCUCCAUCACCUCCCACCUCCGUCCCACCUCCCUCACCCGUCCUCUAACAACCACCACAACAACAACCACCACCACCCACCCCCCACCAUGUCCGUCCCCCAAACCAUGAAGGCCAUCCAGGUGACGCAGCUCGGCGGGCCCGAGGUCCUCGAAUUCAAAGCCGACCACCCGGUCCCGACCGCCAAAGAGGGCCAAGUGCUAGUGAAGAACAACAUCUCGGGCAUCAACUACAUCGACACCUACUUCCGGACGGGUCUGUACCCGUCGGCCAAGCCGGAGAUCCUGGGCCGUGAAGGCGCGGGCACGAUCGUGGCACUGGGCGCGGGCCCCAACCCGUACGACUUCCAGAUCGGCGACCGGGUGGCCUGGCUCAGCACCGGCGGAUACGCCGAAUACACGGCGGUGCCGAUGGCCAAGACGGUGAAGAUCCCGGCGGGCAUCACGGACGAGAACGUGAUGGCGUCGUUUCUGAGCGGACUGACGGUGAUCACGCUGGCCAAGGAGACGUACCCCGUGCAGGCGGGCGAGUGGGUGCUGCUGCAUGCGGCGGCCGGGGGUGCCGGAUCCCUGUUGACUCAGGUGCUGAAGUCCAUCGGGGCGAAGGUUAUUGGCACCGCGGGCGGGCCGGAGAAGUGCCAGAUUGCCAAGGAUCUGGGCGCCGAUGUGGUGAUCGAUUAUCGCAGCGAGGAGGGCAAGGAUUGGGUCAAGCAGGUCAAGGAGAUUACCGGCGGUAAGGGCGUCGAUGUGGUUUUUGAUUCCGUGGGUAAGGAUACCUGGGAGGGGAGCUUGGAGGCCGUGAAGCGCAAGGGGACCAUUGUUUGGUUUGGGAAUGCUAGUGGGCCUGUGCCGCCGUUGCCUUUGCAGAAACUUUCCCCCAAGUGUGUCAAGGUCGCUCGGCCUCAGCUGUUCGGCUACAUUGAGACUCGUGAGGAGUUUGAGUUCUAUGUCAAUGAACUGUUCUCGCUUCUGCUGUCGAACAAGCUGAAGGUUAAGGUGCACAAGGUCUAUCCUUUGGAGGACGUUGCUCAGGCGCAUACGGAUCUGGAGGGCCGGAAGACUACCGGCAAGCCCCUUCUGAAGCCGUAGGGGCUUUGUCAUGAGUGUAUAUCUGGACAGAGAUGAUUGUGUUUACUACUGUAAUGUGAAUAAGAUUGGCUAUCGGUGACUAUGAGUAACUAUGAGUAACUAUGAGUGAUAUCCGAUGUGGUGCUUGUGACAACAACAACAACAUCA